CCUAAGCACGGUAUUAUUCCACGUUAGAAUCCACUCGAUAAUCCCAUCUCACGGUUUAUUUCCGAUAAAAAAAAUUCCAUGAAGUGAAAAAAAUAAUUCCAGUUGAGGGCGAAAAAUCAGUUGAAGUUAAUAGUGCCGUAUACAUGGUGACAGCAAUAAUAAAUUGUUGAUUAUUGUAUUAACUAGAGAAAGUUGUUAGUGAGUAAUAAUGAUUCUGCUGGAGAUUAACAAUAGGAUACUAGAAGAGACAUUACAAACAAAAAUAAAAAAUACAUUAUCGGGACAUAAACCCGAGUCUACAGAUGUCAUAAUAGCUGACUUCGAUGGAGCUCUGUUCCACAUGUCCAAUCCCAAUGGGGAUAAGUCAAAACUUAGGAUAAGUAUUUCGCUCAAAUUCUAUGGGCAACUGAGAGAAUACGGGGCUGAUGACUUGCUCAAACGUGAAUAUGGGGCUUAUCUAGUGGAGCCAGAGUCAGGAUACAAUGUUUCUGUGCAAGUAGACUUGGAAAAUUUACCGGAGGACUGGGAGUCACUCGUUAAGAAAGUUGGUCUUCUCAAGAGGCACUGCUUCGCAAGUGUCUUCGAAAAAUACUUCGAUUUCCAGGAGAAAUACGUUGACAAUCCAGAGCAGUGUCCGAAGAGGGCAGUUAUUCACUAUCGAGACCAGGAAACAAUAUAUGUCGAGGCAAAGAGUGACCGUGUCACAGUGGUCUUCAGCACGAUAUUCAAAGACGAGGAUGACAUGGUAAUUGGGAAAAUGUUUCUGCAGGAAUUGAAGGAGGGGAGGAGAGCCAGUCAUACGGCGCCUCAGGUACUUUUCAAUCAUCGAGAACCACCCAUUGAGCUUCAAGACUGUGAUGCCGCGGUUGGAGACAGUAUUGGAUACGUAACAUUUGUUCUCUUCCCAAGACAUACGAACAGAGAAUGCCGAGACAACACGAUCGAUCUAAUCCACAUGUUCAGAAACUACCUGCAUUACCACAUCAAAUGCAGUAAGGUAUACAUUCACUCUCGAAUGCGAACUAAAACCACUGACUUCCUGAAGGUCCUCAAUCGUGCGAGAUCAGCGUCAAAGAGCACCGAGAAGAAAACAAUAACGGGUCGAACAUUCAUAAGAAAGGAGUGAAAAUCUCCAACAGUGAGGCAAUCUGAAUCGACUAAACAAAAACUGCUGAAUUAAUUGUAAAACCUGGAGAUUGAGGUGAAGUUCGUCUGGCAUUUGGGAGGAUUUAGCCAGCUGGGGGCACAUGAUGUGCCCCCAGUGGAAGGAUCUAUCUUGUUAUUCGAGAGAAUAUAUUGUCGAGUGGGUCAUAGGAACUAGGCUAAGGGAAGAAUCAAUUUUACUCAGAAAAUUUUCAAAAUAACAGAACGUUAGGACAUUCGACAUUUUCAACGAUACAGGCACUAUUCUUUAAUUUCCUUCGAUUACGAUUUUUUCACUCACACAUUCACAUCGUGUACUUACGUUGAGGGAACACAGGAGUCAUGUGUAAUUGGAGAUAACGCUGAAUUCAUUAUUUCGAGGAUAAAUAAUCAAAAAUUAAUUUUAAUUUCGUCUAUUUUGUGGUGAAGUGAUGAAAAUUAAAAAAUCAUUCUUGGUUUUCUGGAUUUAUCUCGAGAGGGAGUGGCUUUCGGGGAAAAUGUGAUAAGAAAUUUUUUUUAGAAAAUUGAAUUUCGCACAAAAAAUGUCCUAUCACUUUUUCUUAUAGAAUACUUCGUUGUGGAGAUAAGCCUGCUUUAAUGAAAGGGGAGUUGAUUUCAUCACUUCGUUAACGAAUUAGAAAACUUGAGAGGCUGAACCACUAGUGCCAGAUGAUUGUCAUUAAAUUAGUCAAGAACUUUUUUACACCGAACGUUUAAAGACUCCUCUUAUUGUCCAUCAGUAUUGUCAAAUGCAUUUCAAUGAAGCAAUCCAAUCCCAUUGAUAUACUCAAUAUUAUUUAAACGUAUUCUGUUGUUGUGCGAUGGAAUACAGCUGGCUUCCACUCCUGUAUCGUGAUGAAAUGAAUGUAAUAACGGGUUCGAAUUUAAUUGUAAUAAGAUUCUUAAAACACUUUUAACUGGAUACUAAGAGCUAUGAGGGUAAUGAGUGAGUUAAUACGAGAUAGACCUUGUUAACGAAGUGACACAAUUUUAUGUCAUAGCCACGAACCAUAGAAUAUUGUUUUUGUAACAAAUGAGUAUUUUUAUUUCCAAUCUUUACUUAUUAUAAGAUAAUAAAAAAGGAUUAAAACAUUU